AUGGACAUCCAAGUAAUGGGUCUGAAGGUAACCCAACGGACACUUCUGUGGGAAGAAACAUCCAUGGAGAAAGCAUACACUGGACAGAUAUUAAUGAAAGUGGCAGUGGCAUUGGUGGAGACCCAGAAGAAGAAGGUUCUAGUGAUGGCUGGGGAGAUGGAAACUCAGAAGGGUGUGAAUGGUAAUGAUACAGCUGUCAACAACAGCACUGGUGACAAUGAUAAUGGGUUUAAUAAUGUGACGAGUUCUCGGGAUUCCUCUAGGCCUAGAGCGAAACCCAGAGGUAGCCCAGAGAACAGCAGUGACACCAGUGAAAAUGAGAGCAGCAAUGCUUACAGCCUGAGUGGCGAAUCCAUGCAAGGGGAUCAGCCUGGUUCUGACAGCUCUGAGAACAGCAGUGGGGAGGAAUCAGAAGGCACAUCUGCAGAAGAUGAGGAACAAAGCGCUGAUGAAAACCAGAGCAGUGAGCAGUCAGAGAGCAAUGGCGAAGACAGCGGCAGUCAUCCAGAGAGUGGUGAGAGCAGCAAGGAGUCAGACAGUGAUGGCGGUGAAAAUGGCGGUGCCUCUGACAGCAGCAGUGAGAGUGAUGGGUCCAGCAGCAGCAGCGAGAGCGACAGCAAAUCUGAGAGCAGCAGUGAGAGUGACAAGUCCAGCAGCAGCAGCAGCAGUGAGAGUGACAACAGCAGCAGCGAGAGCGACAGCAAAUCUGAGAGCAGCAGCGAGAGCGACAAGUCCAGCAGCAGCAGCGAGAGUGAGAGCAAGUCUGAGAGCAGCAGUGAAAGUAGUGACAGUGACAGCAGCUCUGACAGCAGCAGUGACAGUGACAGCAGCUCUGACAGCAGUAGUGACAGUGACAGCAGCAGCAGCAGUGAGAGCGAGGGAGGAUCAGAUAGUGGCAGUCAGGCAGGUGGCACUGAAAAUGAAACCCAGUCCGACUCAGAGAGUGCAAAUGAAGAUGAGGUGAGCAGUGAAAGUGAUUCGGCAAAUCAGUCCAGCAGUGACAGUGGGACUGAAGAUGGCACUGCCAGCAAUGGUUCCGCUGAUACAACAGAAGAUACAAAUGACAGUGAAUCUGCAGCUAGUGCCAUCAAAGAAAGCUUGAAUGAGGAAGUGGAUACAACAGAUGUUAGUGAUGAAGACAGAGGGAGCAGGCUGAGUGUAAGCACAGAAACCGGAAGUAAACAUCAUGGCGACAGCAAACAUGAGAGCACCAGCCAGGAGAGCAGUGAAGGGAACAGCUUUCCCAGGAAGGUUUCCAGCAGUAGCCUUGAGGGUACCUCAGAAGAUGACCAUGAAUGGAGCACUCAGGACAAUGAUGAUGGCAGAUAUUUUAGACCUCAUCAACCAGUCCAUAGGAAAUGGGCAGAUGAUGAGGAUUCCCACGAUCAUCCUGACUUGAAAGACAUUAAUGGAGCAAGCUCUGAUGAUUGGUCAACUGAGAGAAUGUCUCUGGAGGAUCAAAACGAGAUUCAUGAAGACCACUCUUACAAUAACAUCAGAACAUCAAAAGAACACUUCGAUGUUGAAAAUGAUGGCAUGCUUUAUAUACCUGAUCAAGUCUCAUAUACAUUUAUGGGGAAAGGCGGCAGUGACCUGGCAAAUGAUGAAGAUGUGAGCGGCGAUGACAAUUUGGAUGGACAUAAUGGAGAAGACCUGUCUCCGGGUGGUGGAGAUGAUCAGCAACCUUCCAUAGCCACUGGAGAAGAAGGAGGUUACAAUGCGAUUGGCCGACGCCAUGGUGACAGCAGCAGCAGCAGCAGCAGCAGCAGCAGCAGCGAGAGCAGAAGCCGUGAUAAAGAGGAUAACCACAUUAUUGAUUAUAGCAAAACACAUGGGAGUGAUAGUCACAGUAGCAGCCAAGAGGACAGAUAUGAUUUCAGAGAUGAAGAAAUGCAAGGAGAUGACCCAAGGAUCUUUGAGAGUCAUGGCAGUGAUUCUCACAUGCUCCAUGGGGCUGUCCAUUCAAAAGAAAGUGACGAUGAUUCUGAAGAAGAUCACAGUCCUGAACAUGAUGAAAGCAAAUCCCUGCAAGAGGAUGAGUUUGACUCAAAAGAGAACAGCCAAUCUGUAGAAGAUAUUAGUCACUCAACAGAAAAUGUUCCCAGUAAAUCCAGGGAAGAUGCAACCAGUCAUUCCAGAGAGGCAGUACAGAGUUUAUCUCGAGGGCAUAGUCACAGCCAUUCCAGAGAAGGUAAGCACAGUCAUUCCAGAGAAGAUAAGCACAGCCAUUCCAGAGAAGAUAAGCACAGCCAUUCCAGAGAAGAUAGGCACAGCCAGUCCAGAGAAGAUAGCAGGGACUCCCAUGAUAAAAUGUCUAAAGAGUUAGGUGAAAAAUCAGAUGAGCUUAGUGCCAGCAAAUCUAAAGAACAAGAGAGUUACUCUGCGGAAGAGCUAGGAAAUGUGCCACCAAGGAGCAGUGAAUCCAGAGAAGUUAAGAGACAACAUAGCAGAUCAAGUGAGAAGAGCACAUCUGUACAGGAAAGUGAAGAAUCAGCUGAGGACACAAGUGAAUCCAUCCAGGAUGACAGCAGGUUGUCUCAGAGUACAUCAUCUGACAGUAGCAAAUCAUCCCAAGAAAGUGCUAGCAGUAAAGAUAGUGACUCCAAUGAAGAUCCUUCUUCAGAUCCUAAGUCUAAAGAAUCAGCAGAAAACAGUGAAUCUAAAGAGGAGGAAAGCAGCUAUUCAUUGGAAAGGGACAAUCAUUCAAGAGAUGACUCUAUGAGUGCAGAAGACAGCUGGUCGAGAAGCAUGGAGCUUGAAAGCCGAAAGUUGAUGCUUGACAUCGAUCAUAAUAAACCCUUUAGUGAUUAUGAUGACAAUGAUUGCCAGGAUGGGUAUUAA